AUGGCCUCGGGCGAUGCACAGCCGGCUACCCCCCAAGCCCGCCCUCACAAGUCGGCCAAACCGAAGGUCAAUCCAGCGGCGGUGAGUAUCCGGAAGCGUCAGCCCCGCAGACUUCCGAAGCGCAAGAAUGACAUCUACGUGACUCGCAAGUCUAACUUUGCCAGCCAGAUGGAAAAGUGUGAGAAACUCUUUGACGGGGGAGAGAAAGAGGUGUUCAUUCAUGGUCUUGGUGCAGCUAUCAACAGAGCACUAAACAUUGCUCUUCAGUUGGAGUCCCGAAGUCUUGGCACACUCCAGAUAUCCAUCAGCACUUCCACUGUCAACCUGGUGGACGACAUCGAACCACUCUGCGAUGAAGGGGACUUUGAUACGAGGGAGAGAAGCAACUCUGCUGUCCAUAUUAGAGUGUUUAGGACUGAAAGCAAGAAAAUGGAUGGGCCAAAUAAGUGA